AGCACAGGGUGAAUUUUUUUUUUUUUUUGCAUUUUCCAUACUGUCCCAACUUUCGGAAUUGGGGGUUGCAGUGUUGUGCAGAUUAAAAACAUGAAUCAUAUAUCCAAUAACAUGGCUUUUUAAUCCUCGAACUGCGGAGACAUGUUCACACUGUUAAGCACUCACUCAGAAGCACCACAUAAGGUAGCAACAUAACAUAUAUGACAUCCUAGCCCCCUGUGCAUAGUGCUUUCAGUAAAGAUACCACAGAAUUGCACCUAAAUAAACUUUCCUCUGUGUGACCUGGCCUACUUCAAAACACACACAAACACACACACACACACACACACACACACACACACACAUACACACACACACACGUACGUCAGAAGGCACUAUCCAAAAUAACAACUUUAUAAAUAGCCCAUCAACUAACCAACAGGGGAUUUCCACAAGCGAAGAGAGUGCAGCAUACCCCAAGCAGGAGAGAGAAAGGACUAUAGAACAACUUGUAGAAGUCAACAUUUGUGAGCGCUGAAGAACCAUAACAGCAAACCCAGCACAUAAUUAUGGCAUCUGAUCAGCCUUCAUUACCUCCAGGUGACCCUGUUUGCCCAGCGUGUCAGGCCGAGGGGUCACUCCUGCUCCCCUGUGGACACAGCUUAUGCCAGUCUUGCUUACAGUUGUGCCAGCUCGAGUUAGGACAUGAGCAGCAAAGAUGCACUGAGUGCUAUGGACGGGAGCUGCUUGACAAUGUCCUCAAAGGCCUGAUUGACUCCAUAUUUCUAGGUCAACCUCAACGAGACAGGACCCGAGCCGAGCUGGGGCUAGGCUUCAUCCGGGAAGACAAUAACAGGGCAGAAGGUGAUAAGGCGUGUGCUAGGCAUGGUGACAGACUGACUCUGUUCUGCAUGGAGGACGAGGAGCUGAUCUGUAUUCAGUGCCAGGGAGAAGAUCAUGAGGGUCACGACUGUAAUACUACAGAGGAAGCAGCUCUGGAGUGCAAGAGAGAGCUGCGGUUUGCAUUGAUACCCUUACAGGAGAAGCUGGAGACCCUAAACACAACCAAACAAAUCUGCCAAGAGACAGCAGAUCACAUCAGGCGGCAGACCCAACAUACAGUGCAGCUGAUAAAGGCUGACUUUGAGAAGCUACAGCAGUUCCUCCGGGAUGAGGAGGCGUCCAUGCUCGCAGCUCUGAUGGAGGAAGAGGAGCAGAAGAGUGGCAAAAUAAAGGAGAAGAUUGACAGGCUAACAGAGGAGAUUAUGUCUCUGACUGAAACCAUUAAGUCCACUGAGGAGGCCAUUUCUUCUGAAGACUUUGAAUUUCUAAAGAACUAUAAGAAGGCGUCUGAAUGUUACAGAGUGGAGUGCACACCGCAGGACCUUAAAGAGAUGAACGGAGCUCUGCUUGAUGUGGCCAAAUAUCUGAGCUGCCUCAAAUUCAGAGUCUGGGAGAAAAUGCAAACUGUCGUCACUUACACUCCAGUGACCCUUGACCCCAAUACAGCAGAUGCGUACCUCUCUCUAUCUGAUGACCUCACUGUCCUGCGCUACACAGAUGAAGAGCAGCAGGUACCUGAUAACCCCGAGCGCUUCUGCUACUACAAGUGUGUGCUCGGGUCUGAGGCCUUGGGGACAGGCCGCCACAGCUGGGACGUGGAAGUAGGUGACAGCACUGAGUGGGCACUCGGGGUGGCAUAUGAUAGUGUGCAACGGAAGGAGUGGUUUUCACUCAGUCCUGAGCAUGGCAUUUGGACCAUGUGCCUGCAUGGAGGUCACUAUCGGGCACCGAACUCUACCAACGAGCCGAUUCCAGUUAAGAAGAAACCACAAAGAGUGCGAGUUCAGCUGGACUGGGAUGUGGGGAGGGUCACGUUCUCAGAUGCUGCAGAUAACACACUGAUCUACAGGUUUAAAGCCAAGUUCACUGAGAAACUCUAUCCAUAUUUCUCUAACUCAUGUAAAAGGCAUCCGCUACGCAUCCUUGCUGAGAAAGUGUCUGUGUACACAGAAUAGCUCAGGAAAGAUCACACUGAAAGAGUUGGAAGAAUAAAGUAGCAGAAUAAUGUCACGUCAUACUGUUGAUGUAUGCAUACAGUGCUGUGAAAAAGAAGUUGAUUUCUUCUGUUUUUGUGUAUAUCUCAUACUAUAUAGUUUUAGAUCUUCAGAUGAAAUACAACAUAAAACAAAGUCAACCUGAGUAAACACACAGUACAGUUUUUAUUUAUUUAUUUAUUUAUAUGGAAGAAAAAACGUUAUUCAACACCUAUCACCAAUGUAAAAAAUUAAUUGCACCCUUAAACUUAAAAUCUGGUUGUGCCACCUUUAGCAGCAAUAACUACAACCAAAUGCUUCCGAUAACUGGAGAUCAGUCUUUCACUUACUUUUAGGACUAGGACUUACUCCUAUGCUUUGGACCAUUGUCUUGCUGCAUAAAUCAGUUGCGCUUGAGUUUCAACUUACUGACUGAAGACCGGAUAUUCUCUUUAGGAUUUUCUGGUAGAGAUCAGAAUUCAUGUUUCCCUCAAUUAUUGCAAGUUGCACAGGGCCUGAAGCAGCAAAGCAUCCCCACACCAUCACACUCCCACCACCAUGCUUGACUGUAGAUAUGAUGUUCUUUUUGUGGAAUUUGGUUUUUGGUUUAUACCAGAUGUAACGGGAACCCUUCCAAACAGUUUCACUUUCGACUCAGUACGGGGCAAAUACAUUUUCACACAGGCCCAGCUGCUAUUGGAUAACUUUUUUGCUUCAAUAAAUAACAUAAUAAUUUGUGUUUAAUCAGGGUGCCUUUGUUUUAUCUUAGAUUUAGUUUUAAUCUCUGAAACAAUUUAGUAUGACAUAUACACAAAAACAGAAGAAAUCAGCAAAUACUUUUCCACAGCACUGUAAAAUAAGAAGACAGAUAUGAACGAAGCCAGAAAUGAUCUGAAAUAGGAAUGUAAUGGUACGUCCUACAAGGACAUCUGAAAUAAGCGUUCACAAGGUAAUGUUAUGGUUUAGUGUUAUAUAGUCACAGCAAGGUAAAACUGUAUUUCUACAUUGCUUUAAAUGAUAUAUUAAAGGACUAAUAAUCCUCCUAAAAACACUAUUUUCCUAUUAAAAUAAUUCAGUACUUUCACUGCCAAUGCAACGGCAUAUUAUUUAGUGACCCCCCUCUUUAAAUUAUGAAAAAACAUGGCCUUUACUUUAGAAAAAAUAAAGAAAAAAGAAAGAAAACAUGAUAAUGGGAUUUCAAGACAAUCUGGCACUGAUGCUGGGUAUCACUACUUUUAAUCCUGUACUAGGAGUGAGCAAUAUUAUAAUGAGCUAAGGUUAUCAUGAUACAUACACUUUUCAUAAUCAUGAUACACUUUUCAGAGACUAUCAUUAGAAGUGUUUUGUUGUAGGUUCUUAUUAUUUGUAAGAAAAUGAUGCAAUUAAGUGUAUGCUAAUGCUCACCUAAAUUGAAAUAAAAAGAUAUCGACUUUGGAAUAUUCUGAAAA